AUGUCAGCGAGUGGAGGCUUGUCGAGAGAAGAAUUUCUAGUUUUACAAGAGCAGCUGAUCGCUCUGCGAAAUAGAAAUUAUGAACUUCAAGAAGCGUUGCAAAAGAAAACUAAUGAAGUCUCCCAGCUGAGUUCACCUAGAUCCGAAGCACUGCAAUUUGCUAAUAAGCUUAUAAACCGUCGUGAAGGAAAUAAAGAGAAGGAAAUAGCUCAAAAGUAUGAAGCCGAGCUCGAUGCGCUAAGAAUGAAGCUGACCUCGCAAGAGGAGGAAUUUCGCCUGCAGCAGGAGACCUUAAUAACCGAACUGAACAAGAUAGUUUUCCAAAACGAGGCUUUGAACAAGGAGCUCGAACAGUUCAAGGCGGACGGAUCUAUUUAUUCAUCUCCACAAGCUGGCCGCUACAGAAUGUUGGCUGUCAAAUCUCCAGGCAAAAUUGAACAACUGUGCAAACCAAACUCUCCAGGUAGAGAUGCUCGCGGAGUGGAGAGAACUCCGUGCAAGCGAAGUUCGGAAAUCAAUUCACUUCUCAGCCAAAGUGCCACCCCCCUUAAGGUGCAGGAAGCUCAUGAUUCUGAACUGAAAACGAUGACAAGGAAUCAUCGACUACAUCUAAGAGCCAAAAUUGCUGCACUGGAAGAGUCAGAUAGCAAACUUUCUGAUGACAAACUUUUGCUGCUUGAAACUCGAUAUCAACUCGUACGUCCGCAGGAGUUAGCUGACCGUGAAAAAGCGUUUAAAAGUGAAAAAGAGGAAAUGCAACGGAAGAUGUGCUCUUUGGAGUCUUCACUAUCAGCCAAGGACGAAGAAAAGGCAUUGGCACUGAAGAAGCAGGCGGCUCUAAUCAAAGAAUUGCAACGUGCUGUCAAAGAAGAAAAGAAACGCGCUGAAUCUAUGGAGAAGCUCGGUCGUUGCUGUUCCGAAGAAAGAGGGUGGCAUUUAGUCGGAGAAAGUGGUGCCAAAAGUGCACAGCUAAAUGCGCUCGAGAACGAGAAUGCGCGGUUGAACAGUGAAAUUAGUGAGAAAAGUGAACUUAUCGAGCACUGGAUUAGGAGACGACCGCUAGCGCAGGGCGCUGGUGUCACUACGCCAUCGAAAACAGAAGAAAUUUCUCAAACGAUGCUGGAAAUCGAUGAUACUCCUGGAGGCGCCGGUUCAGUUGAAUCAUCGCUUCUCGACCAUAGCAUGAAUAGCUCCAAUGUUCCAGUUAAUCAGCCGUCAUUACUCACUGAGACUGAUGUGAAGACGACUUGGACUUUGCUACAGUCUAUAACGCAUGGUAAUAAGUAUUCCUGA